AUGUCCCAGUCUGACACAGUAUACAGGCCCAUCAUUGCCCCAAGAGAAAAGGCUUUGUCAAAGCAAAGUCUUAUCUGUCUUCUCCAGGGCUUACAUGACACAGUGACCACUGUGGAAUUGAGAAAUGAGAAUGCUGUCACAGGCAGAGUGGAACAUGUUGAUGCCUUCAUGUGUGUGACAAUGAGAAAUGUGACAUUGAAAAUGCCAGAUGGCAGAUGUAUGAGAUUCUCAGACUUUUUUGUUCACGGAUCUAACGUAAGAUAUAUCCAUAUACCAGACCAUAUCAACAUCAGGCGGACGAUAGAGUAUAACUGUAACCGUGAAAAACGAGCCAUGGAACAGCUGAAGAAAGAACAUGAUCUGAGAGUUGCAGCUGCCCAAAAGAAAAUAGAGAGGAGACAAAAGCAACUGGCUCAGAAGGAAGCUAAGCAGUCUACCAGUAAAACCUGA